AGGCCAUUUUCAGGAUGACUUGGUGGAUCUGUGACAGGACAUUGUGCAGUGCCGCAGUGCCAUGGUCUGCUGCAGUGAAUCGUUCGGUUCAAACUUCAACUGUUGAUGUCGGCUUAGCCCCAGACCCUGUGAGCGUAAUCUUUCGGGGCUCCGGUUGACAAAAGGUCAUCCGGAAGAUGGGCUGUGGGACAAGUCUAAAUGCAUGCAGUCGUUUCGAUCCGGCGUGUGAAGAGGCCAGGGCCCGACAAGAGGCAGCCAAGGACACUCGGGCUCCAAGCUUGUUGCAGUCCUCAUCGCGCGCUGCCAGCUCGCUAGCGCAUCGAAACUCAAAGGGACCCGCGCUGAACCAGGAGAUGGAGCCGCAAAAGGCCUGGGCAGAAGUCCCGCAGGUGGCACCGGCGGCAUUGCAGCCGGAGUUGGCGCAGCAGUGGCCCAGUAGGAACUGGCUUCGAAGAAAUCGGAAAAUGAGGCAUGGCCGAAUUUGAGGCGUCACUGCUUGUAGCUUGGGCGGAUGUAGAUUGGCCAAGAAUGAUUGAUCCGUGUAGCAAGGCGCAAGUCAGACAUGUUUCACCGUCAGAGUCUGGUUGGCAGGUCCCGGUUUUCCACAGCCACCAGAGACAAAAGCGACUUCGCGAAGGAUAAAAUUUGCCAAGCACUACUAGUCUUGCACCAGCUGGCAGUUGCUGCAACCUCCACUCGCACAGAAUGGCACAGCUGACAGCCGUUGC